AUGGACACAAAAGGAGACACCCCAGGGAAGGCGCCCACGGGUAGCGACACAGGCAAGAUGGACUCCACAGCUGCUGGCAUGAACCCCUAUGUGGGUUUGGUGAGCAGCCUGCGCACUGCCUGGCUCACGGGGAAAACGCGCACUGCUGAGCACCGGGUCUCCCAGCUGGAGGCGCUGCGCCGCUUCCUGGAUGACAAGAAGCAGCCCAUCCUGGAUGCCAUGGCCUCGGACAUGCGCAAGCCCCCCUUCGAGGUGGAGCUCUCCGAGAUUAUCAUGGUCAAGAACGAGGUCAACUACGCACUCAACAACCUGUCCAGCUGGAUGAAGGACGAGAGCGUGGACAAGAGCCUGGUGACUCAGCUGGACACGGCCUUCAUCCGGAAGGAGCCCUAUGGAGUGGUGCUGAUCAUCGGGCCCUGGAACUACCCCUUGCAACUCAUCCUGGUGCCCCUGGUCGGGGCCAUCGCGGCCGGGAACUGUGUCAUCAUCAAACCCUCCGAGAUCAGCAGCAGCACCGAGAAGCUCGUGGCUGAGACGCUGCCCAGCUACCUGGACAAGGACUGUUUUGCUGUGGUGACCGGGGGCCCCGCGGAGAUGACAAAGCUGCUGGAAAACAAGUUUGACUACAUCUUCUUCACUGGCAGCCCCCAAGUGGGCAAGAUCGUGAUGGCAGCUGCGGCCAAGCACCUGACGCCGCUGACGCUGGAGCUGGGGGGCAAGAACCCCUGCUACGUGGCCGACGAGAGCAACCUGCAGAACGUGGCCAACCGGCUGGUCUGGGGGCGCUGCUUCAACGCGGGGCAGACCUGCAUCGCGCCCGACUACGUGCUGUGCAGCGCGGAGACGCAGGAGAAGCUGCUGCCCGCCCUGCACCACGCCAUCACCCAGUUCUUCGGCCCCGAGCCCCGAGAGUCGCCCGACUUCGCCCGCAUCAUCAGUGACAAGCAGUUCCAGCGCAUCCGGGCCCUGCUGGGCAGCGGGCGCGUGGCCAUCGGGGGGCAGACGGACGAGAGGGAGCGCUACAUCGCCCCCACGGUGCUGGCGGACGUGCAGCCGUCGGAGCCUGCCAUGCAGGAGGAGAUCUUCGGGCCCGUCCUGCCCAUCGUCACCGUGCCCAACGUGGACGAAGCCAUCGCCUUCAUCAACAGCCGGGAGCGGCCGCUGGCCGUGUACGUCUUCGCCUCCGACAGCAAGCUGGUGCGCCGGGUGCUGGAGCGGACGAGCAGCGGCGGUUUUGGUGCCAACGACCCCAUAAUGCAGAUGACGCUAAUCUCGCUGCCCUUCGGUGGGAUUGGGAACAGCGGCCUGGGCUUGUACCACGGCAAGUUCAGCUUUGACACCUUCUCUCACCACCGCGCCUGCCUCCUGCGCAGCAUGGGCCUGGAGCCCAUGAACUCCCUGCGCUAUCCACCCUACAGCGAGCGCAAAAUGGGGCUGGUGCUCGCCACCUUCAGGAUCAAGCGCACGGGCACCUGCACCCUGCUAUGA